AUGCACCAUGGUAGGGAGGACUUAUUAUCUAACAACAGCGCCAUAUCUCGCACUGACAAUCAUCUCACACUGCUUGCAGACAUUGCGUCCAAUGACAAUGCCAACAUGUCUUGCGCACCUACCCUUGACCCCAACCUCGAGAACUUGGACUUGCUCAUUUCUCGACGUAAAAUUGAACCCAACAUAAAUGUUUCCAAGAGCCACGCUAACGAUAAUGAGCUGGAUGUGACCACCAGCAAUUAA